AUGCCGACCGGGUUGAGUUUCGCAUCUCCCAGUCAAUCUGGCGACGAAUUCAGUACAGAAGUCAACUCUCCCUUAGGGACGUCAUGGACGUCACAGUUUGACGAUUCAACAAUGGCUACCUCAGGGACAACCACUGAUCCAGCACCCAAUACCCCUGCCCCAGCCCCGGUUGACGAUAUCACUCCGUAUCAGCGGAUGAUAUCUGCGACCGCCGGCAAUAUUUUGACUGGAUUACUAGUAACACCCUUGGAUGUUGUACGGGUCCGUUUACAGUCGCAAUCCCAAAUCCAAAAUACCUCACCAUUCACAUCCCAUACCACACAAACCUUGAAAAACCUCCCUCCUAGCCUCGGCAUAACUUCCUGCUGUCGCGAAGUCUUCUGGGUUGGAAAUGAUGCGCAGAUCUGCAUGCUAGGGCCUCAGGCUGCUGCAGUUGGAACACAUCCACACCCAGCGAUCGAUUGUGCGGUCGAGGAAUCACAGCGACGAACAUUCACAUCGACUUUAGACGGGCUACGGAAGAUCGCGCGCAAUGAAGGAACACUGACACUGUGGCGAGGGCUGAGCCCAACUCUGAUGAUGGGAAUCCCAGCAAAUGUCAUUUAUUUUGCUGGAUACGACUGGCUGCGCACAGACGACCGGAGUAUCAUCAAACAACGCGUUCCCGCGGGCUAUGCGCCCUUGAUCGCAGGCUCCGUUGCCCGAGUCGCAGCCGCUGCCGCAACCAGUCCGCUCGAGAUGUUCCGCACUAGACUUCAAGCGACGCCGGGGACGGGUGCGAAUCAUUUCAAGAACACUAUUCAAGAUCUUUAUCACAUGACUCAGGCGAAAGGUUACAGUUCACUCUGGCGGGGGUUCACUCUUACCAUGUGGCGCGAUGUCCCCUUCUCGGGUCUUUAUUGGUGGGGAUACGAGGAAGUGAAGAAGGUUUUGAUCGCGACCCGCAAGCAGGCCCAGCAUCUCGCAGGACCAGAGGAAGAAACAACAACCCAGGCUUUCCUCGAUAGCUUUACAUCUGGAGCCGUCUCUGGAUCUUUGGCGGCGCUUGUUACUACACCGUUUGAUGUUGGCAAAACGCGUCAGCAAGUAUUCCGACAUAUGGACGACCAUGUGCCCACAGGCCCCCCUCCCCGCACGGCGCUACCCCCGGGCGUCUUGGCGCCAGAGCAGCUCUCUCUGCCAAAAUUCCUCAUGCACAUUUUCCGUGAAGAAGGUACCGCAGGUCUAUUCCGUGGUUGGACAGCACGAUGUCUUAAAGUUGCCCCAGCCUGCGCCAUCAUGAUUUCAACCUAUGAACUUGGCAAGCGUAUGGCGCGGGAGGUGAACGGACGGCGACAUGACGCUUAA